AUGACGGUAACGCGGCCGCAUGUCACGACGCCGAGCACGGCGAAGGCGAGCCACGACCGCCGGAAGCAGCCCGCGAACUUCGCGUGUCCUGUGCCUGGGUGCGGAAGCACGUUUACGAGGCACUUCAACCUGAAGGGCCACCUGCGCUCGCACGCGGAGGAGAAACCUUAUCAGUGCAAGUGGCCAGGCUGCGGCAAGGGCUUCGCGCGGCAGCACGACUGCAAGCGGCACGAGCAGCUGCACCUCAACAUCCGCCCGUACCCCUGCGAUGGCUGCAAGAAGAACUUCGCGCGGAUGGACGCACUGAACCGCCACCGUGAGUGUUCUCCCCCUUGUCUGACUUGA